AUGUUCAGAAACAACUACGACAACGAUGCCGUCACCUUCUCCCCUCAGGGCCGGAUAUUCCAAGUGGAAUAUGCAAGUGAAGCAGUGAAGCAAGGAUCGGUAGUUGUGGGACUAGUGAACAAGACACAUGCUGUGUUGGUCGGCCUCAAGCGUAAUGCCGAGGAACUUUCCUCGUAUCAGAAGAAACUCAUUGAGAUUGACUCGCACAUGGCCAUUGCUAUCGCCGGUCUGGCAUCAGAUGCCCGUGUCCUUUCCAACUUCAUGAAGCAGCAAUCCCUCAGCUCGAAGAUGACCUAUGGCCGACCAAUCCCGCUGGACCGCAUCGUUUCGCAAAUCGGUGACCGCGCCCAGACCAACACCCAGCACUAUGGAAAACGGCCAUACGGUGUAGGUCUACUUGUGGCUGGAGUGGACGAGGCAGGUCCUCACCUGUUCGAGUUCCAACCCUCCGGUCUAACCCAUGAGAUGCUUGCUUGCGCAAUUGGUGCUCGCUCUCAAAUGGCCCGUACUUAUCUUGAGCGGAAUCUCGAUAAGUUCCCUGAUUGCACCCGCGAUGAGUUGAUCACGCACGGUCUACAGGCUCUUAAGGAAACCUUGUCGCAGGAUAAAGAGCUUACAGUCGAUAACACUUCGGUUGGUGUAGUGGGUUUGGCCAGUGAAGGAUCUAAGGGCCGGAUUGAGAGCUUCAAGUUGUACGAGGGCCAGGAAACAGUGCCGCUUCUCGAGGCAUUGGAGCGGUUUGAAUCGGCAGCGGGAGAGAGCGAGUCUAUGGAAGUUGACUCAUAA